CAGAGGGCUUUUGGCGCAGGGGACCUGAAAACAGUCGCCGCCAGAAUGAAGUCUGUCAAAUCGAUUCAAAAAAUCACAAAAGCAAUGAAAAUGGUUGCAGCUUCCAAACUACGGAUGGAUCAAAAACGUCUUGAAAAUGGAAUGCCCUUUGCCGUUCCGGUUCAGCGUAUCGUGAACAGAAUCCCCGUUCCCGAGGAAAAGACAGACCUCACUAUCCUUGCCCUGACCUCCGAUAAGGGCCUCUGUGGUGGCGUAAAUUCGGCGGUUUCUCGGCUGGUGCGAGACACCGUGAAGGAAACGGAGGGCGGAGGACAGCGCACGUGUAUCAUUGGCGUUGGGGACAAAGUGCGCUCCGCCCUGCAGCGCGUAUUCGGUGACAGAUUUAGCAGGAUGUUGACAGAGGCCACACGUUUCCCGUGGAACUUUGCCACUGCGGCAGUCAUCGCCGACCGGAUUAUCAAGGAUGAUCCGUCGCGACUGAUUGUGGUGUACAACCACUUCCGCUCUGCUGUGGCCUACGACACCAUCUCCCUUAAGGUUCUUACAAAUCAGCAGGCGGCAAAAAGUGCCAAACAAGAACUCGCACUCUUUGAGGCUGAGCCGGAGCUGCCUGAAUUGUGGAAGGACCUCCAUGACUUUUACUCGGCCUGCACCGUGUACGGUUGCAUGCUGGAUAACAUCGCGUCGGAACAGUCUGCGCGAAUGAGCGCUAUGGACAAUGCUUCCACGAACGCCGGGGAGAUGAUAUCGGCUUUGACCCUCAAGUACAAUCGCGCGAGGCAGGCUAAGAUCACCACAGAGCUUGUGGAGAUCAUCUCAGGGGCCAACGCACUCGAAUAA